AUGGCUCCCCUUCCCUGGGAUCUUCCCGCAUGGGUCCCCUCUCGCUCCGCGUUUGCCUGCGCCUUGAUAGUAGCAUCAUCAUGUGUGACUUCCACCACACUCGGCUUCGAUGGUUCGAUGAUGAAUGCAUUGAACAUCCUGCCCUCUUACACUGAUUACUUUGACCUGACCACUACCACUCUUGCUCUGAACACGGCUUCGGUCUGGAUGGGAAGCACUCUAGCCGGUAUCUUCUUCGCAAAGGUACCGGACCUGAUCGGUCGUAAAUGGGCGCUGCUUGUCGGCGCCAUAAUCACGGUGAUCGGAGUUGUGCUUCAGGCAGCGGCUCAGGACAUUGGCAUGUUUGUUGCCUCUCGAAUCAUUAUCGGUUUCGGAACGGGAGGCUCAACUGUUGCCGGACCAGUCUACCUUGCUGAGACACUCCCCGUUCACUACCGCUCCUGGGGCUUAGGUCUAUUUUAUGACUUCUGGUACGUUGGUGGUCUCAUCGCUGCCGGUGUCACCUACGGAACAGCCAAAAUGGAGUCUACCUGGGCAUGGCGCCUACCAUCUGCCCUGCAGGGCCUGUUCAGCGUGAUGUGCAUCGCGUUACUGCCCUUUACGCCCGAGAGUCCUCGAUGGUUGAUCUCCCAGGGCCGGGACGCAGAGGCUCUACACGUACUGGCACAGACGCAUUCAGAUGGCAACAUCGAUGAUGCAAGCGUCCAGGAACAAUUCAGCCAAAUGGCGGAUGCGCUGAACUUUGAACGAACUCAUGAAGCGCCACGAUUCGUGAAAAAAUUCAUGAGCAGCGCCUCAACCCGAAAGCGAAUCUUUCUUGCCAGCUCGGUCGCUGUCUUUUGCAUGUUGUCUGGAAAUAAUAUCAUUUCGUAUUAUUUCGGAUCAAUGCUUACUCAAGCCGGUGUCACCAACACAACCACGCAGCUAGAGAUCAACAUUAUAUUGAAUGCUUGGUGCUUGGUCAUCUCAAUCAUCGGUACUUCGAUGGCCAACAAACUCGGUCGCAAGAAGCUCGCUGCCUUUUCUACUGCCCUUUUGACUAUCUUCAUCUUCCUUAUCGGUGCCCUCACAAAGGUCUACGGGGACUCAGACAACAAAUCAGGAAUCUAUGCCACAGUAGCUAUGAUCUUCCUUUUCCAAGGCUCGUAUAGUUUUGGCUGGACACCCCUCACCGUCCUUUAUCCGCCAGAAGUUCUCAACUACUCUAUCCGAAGUGUGGGAAUGGGAAUUUACACAUUCCUUGUUAAUGGUGUGGGUCUGAUGGUUACUUUCGCUUUCCCUUUCGCUCUGGAGAAGAUCGGAUGGAAGACUUACAUGAUCAAUGGCGCCUGGGAUGUUUUGGAGCUGCUUUUUGUGAUUCUCUACUGGGUUGAAACUAAUGGGCGAACGCUGGAGGAUAUCGAUAAUAAUCUGGAACCCGAUAGCUUCCCGGUUGUUCAGGAGAUUGAGCCGGUAAUAGGCUAG